UUGCACCGAGCAAUAGCAUCUGAGAUCCACUAGAGUUCGUUGUGGUUCAGUUUCCUUGGACUUUUUGGACCACACGUUAACUGGUAAAUCCACUCUGUUACUCAAAGUUUGAUUCGCACAUUGAAAUUCAUAAAUCUUGCAGUUUGGGAAGGGAAGCAAGAACAAAGGUUUAACACCAGAUCAAAUAUUAGGCCGGCAAUUUAGAAAUUCUUGUAUUCCUUCUGCCAGAUAACUGAGACCAAAGUGUAUUUCUAGUCUAGAAUAAAGGUUGGUUCUUAUUAGGGUUUUGGUGUUUCUUGUGGUGGUGUUUUUUCUUAUAUUGUUUUGUUUUGUUUUCUCCCUAUGUUAGUACUAAAGUCUUUGUCUGAGGUGGAAAGUGUGUAUCUGCUUAAGCUGAUGUUCUCAUGAAGAAUCCUUUGAGAACAAGGAUCCUGAAGUAGAGAGUGAGACCCAAAAUAGUCUGCAAUCCACCUCAGUGCAUAAGGAAAUAGGAUAUUGCACAGUGAGUUUUCUAAUGGCAAACUCCUCUGCCAGAGCAACAAGCUUGAAGAGCUAUUGUUUUCCGGGUCUCCACUUGUGUAAAAGAUUAGUAAAGCAGCCUCAGGGAAUCACCAUGACAACGCUCCCAUGAAGAUUUGGAGAGGCCCAGCUCUUCACAAAGCAAAGGGGCUGAACUAGACAAAGGGAGGUGAUGAACUUUGAAACAGUAAAAAGGAUGGAAGAAGAAACCCUGGAAGCGCCACGGUGGCUGAAGAUAUGUGCCUUAUGAGACACUGGGAACAUCUGGGUGAGAAAGCAAGAGUAUAGAGGGAGAGAAGGAGGAAGGAAGGAAAGCAGGACAGGAAGAUACACAGAUUGUCUACAGAUUGUAGGAAAUGUCUCAGAGUUCACUGAACUAGUCAGUGACUAUCAGCUGUUAGAGACAAAUCUGUCAGCAGCAAGCACCACCAGGAGAACAGCUUGUCUUUUGUGGCAUCUGGCAGGCCUAGGACGGCGUUAUCCAAGGAUGCUCCUGUUCUCUUAUCCUUUAAUCUGUUCCAUGUAUCUGUUUCAGUCUCCUUAAUACAGAUACACUGCGAUGGUAAUGAAUUUGUCUAACGUGCAGACCUCCAGAUAACAGCUGUGUCUCAGGUAGGCUGGAGCAGUGAGUUUCCUUCUUGAAGCUGGUUGCAUGUAUCACGAGCAGGAGCUCAUUCAAAGAUGAAUCUGCACUUGUAAUGUUACAGAAAUUCAGAACAUGGCCUCAGAGGAGUUGCAGGCACAGGUAAGUAUAUGUGUAAAUUCCCUGAUGUGUACUCAAAGCAGUACAGCAGAGAGGGCCAGAGUUGUCUCAUUAGGGCAUGACAAGGGUCUGGGGUGCUUAACCUUUGUAGAGGUUAGGUAAUGGACAGCAGAAUGAGGGAGGGAGCCCUCACCUGCUGGGCUUAGUUAGCCUUGAAGUUCUGCAAUGACUUUACAACAUCAAAUACAAGCCUCUGUCCUUCUCCUCUGAAACAGAAUACCUUGUUUGAUGUAGUCAAGUUUAGAGUUUCAAUUAAAUGUUGAAAUCUAAGGUGAAUGUAACUUAAAAAAAAAAAAAAAAAGUUAGCUUUGGCAGCUGUAAAAUAAAGCAAAGGAAACAUUUCUCAUGCAGGCAUGUCCCUGCAAAUGAAGGAAGCUGAACUGCUGUGCCGUGGUAUGUCUCAAUAGCUCUGAUGAAGUUUUGCAAUUCAUGAUGGUACAGCAUGUGUUUGGACUGUAUCAAGGGACAGUAGAGAAAGCUCUAUAAAGAAGCCUUUGGUCCCCAGGAAGUCACGACUGAGGACCUUUGGCACUGUUUGUCUGUCCAGGUCACCUGCAGUAUUCUCGUUUCGCUCUUACCUGUGGGCUUCUAAGUUAUUCUUUCCUAUCGGGUAUUUUUAAUAUUUUCAUCUUGGGUGUGGAGCCAAGGACUUUCCAGCUUUGUGUGCUGCCCUGCCAGGGAGGGAACAGCUGACCUCAAAUGGCCAAAGGGGUGUCCCAUGCCACGAGGUGUUGUGUGAGACAGUAAAACUAAGAGGGUUGGCAGGGGGGCUGCUGCUGCUCAGGGACUGGCCGAGCAUUGUUUGGUGGGCGGUGAGUAAUUGCGUUGUGCAUCACUUGCUUUUUUUAUUCUGUUAUCCUUGUUUUCCCUUCAUUUUCUGUCAUUUCUCAUCGUUACACUGUCUUUGUCUCAGCCCAUGAGUGCCACCCCUCUUGGAUGUGGCAGAGCACUGAUGUCACAGAGAUCGCUGAUGCUCUCACCGACACAAAAAGCUGCUUUGCAGCACUGAGGCAUCAGUCCCAAGCAGGGUGGCAGCUGUGUGGGUACAAAAGGUGAAGGCUGAACCCCAGGAGUGUUGUGACGGAGCAGUGAUCCACCCGGCGAGGCCAGCAGAAACCCACACGUGCUUCUCAGAGGCACAGCGUGCUGAGAGAGCCAUGUCCCCAGGCCCCCUGAAACGCCUGCUGCGGGCAGGGGAGUUUGGCCUCCUGCGCAACGCACCGUUGUUUGAGAGCAACUUCUUCCAGGUUGGCCCGCGAGGGGAGAUGCUUCCAGUAACAAACCGUGUCCACCUCAUCACCAUGGGGGUGGCCUGCACUGCUCCCAGCGCAGCGAUGCCCGACACCUUGCUCCUGGCUGCCCCUGCGGCCCCUCCAGCUGAGGGACUGGAGCUCACCAGGCUGCUUCCACUGCAGUGCGUAAAUCUGGCCGUGCAGGAGCUCUCCGAGGAGCGCCUGCAGCUCUGUUUCCACACGGGCCGCAGGGUAUUUCUUCAGCUGUGCCCUGGCCCCGGUGUUCAGGGCCUCUUCCUCUGCUGGGCCAUGCUGGCAGGCGUGCUCCACGCACCCAGGGCGCCUCCUCUCCUCAACACACACGCAGAGGGGGCCAUGCCUAUGGAGGGGGCCUCCUCUACAUCAGAAAUAGAAGAGGACACGAGAGCUGGCAUUGUCCUGCCCACGGACCAAGAAUCAUCAUCUGCAGAAAUGGACGAGACCUCACCUGCUGCCAGCACCCCAGAGGUCAUCCCCGAGCAAACCUGUGCAGAGCACCUCAGCAGCAACCAGGAUGCCCUGCUGACCAGCACCACGCAGCAGACAAAGUUGGUCUGCCACAGGAAAGGUGACAGGCUGCGGGAGGUGCCAGCAGCACAGAAGAAGCCUUCCUCUGGUGAGAUCCUGCCCCUUGGAGCCUGGGUGCACCCCCCAGAGCCAGGAUUUGUGCGCAGGGGGCAGGCUGUGCCCCCCUUAUGUGUGCUCCCCCUCUCCGCAGGUCGCAACUGCAGUCAGAGGAUUAGGGCGUUCUGGAGGCGGUGGUGGGCCCACGGGCGGGCCUCCGUGGCAGGUGUUGCUGGAAAAGCAAAGCCCCCACGGGAUGAGCAAUAA